GUCGUCGUCGUCGUUUCGGUCUUCGUCGUCGCCGUGUUCUCGAAUUCCGGGAGUUGUCGUUGCAUCUCGUUUUUUGGACGAACACGGGUCAAGUCCUUGAGGAACGUAGUAGCAGGCAUAAACAUUUCGUGUUUGUGUUUGGCUAGGCGAUUUGACGGAUUGGCGGGUUAAUUUAACGCGUUCAUCGUCGUCGUCGUCGUCGGAGGUUUAUCGAAGGUUAACCGAUUGGGUACCGAUAGGCAGUUGAUGAGGGAUUGUCACGCGUGGAAUUUGCGUUUUUUUUUCGUUUUGGUGCUGCUUCCAGGCUUUUGUAACUGGCAGGGAAAACUAGCUUGGAUUCCCAAAUGGUGAUGAAAUAUUUGUGUUGUCGAUUUGGUGACACAUCCCUGGUAUUGUUUUGUCGUGGGGAGGUUCCUGGGGUUAAGUGAUGGAAUGUGUUCUCGGAACAAGGUUCACAACCUGUGAGGUUCAAUGAAUACAAAUUGCUCAUUGACACCGUACUCGAUUCCAAGGGAGGAAGCAAGAAAAGGUUGCUUCUCCAGCGAGCUGGUUGACUUUGAGGGUGAAGCCUUCAGCUAAUCUAAUCCAAUGUACUGAAAGCCUUGUGGGGGUAAUUUGCGUGGCAAUUGCGAAUUUCGUCAAACUACUGAAGGAUCUUUCCUGCCCUUGGUUGGGCCUAUCGACUUGCUCGAGUGAAACCACAAAACGGAACAAGCAAACAGAAACUGCGGGAGCUUGGCUUCCCACCUUAUUUUCCGCAUCCGGAACCACGGAUUAUUUUCUCGUAGCUGCUGUUGGAAAAUGAGUAAGCGAAAUGAAAUAAAAAUGGUAAUAUUUCCAGCAAAAGCGAAAGAAGUUGGUGAAACCUAAUUUAAAAGCGUGCGUAUGUUUGGCCGGAUCUUGGCGGGGCUUCCGGAGAAAGUAAUGGAAAACCGGGAAAAAACCAAAGGACACCGCCGAGAACCCGCGUAAUUGCCCCCUGGGGUACCGUUGAAAGUUGGCCAAAGUUGAAAGUGCGUGUCGGGUGAAAGUGGUUUUUCAUCGACUCGAGAACGACGAAUAGUCCGAAGGAAAUUCACGGCGGCAGUGAGUGUGCGAAAAGUUUAAGGUCAAGCUUAAACCGAAACGAAAAACACAGAAGAAAUUCGCGUCACGAAGUCUGGGCCCUCUCAAAGUAAGUUAGUGUGUUUCCUUGGAAAGAAAGAAUGAAUAAGAUGAAAGCUUCGUCCUGCUGGAUGAUAAAUUGAGUCGUUGAUAACGAUGCCAAAAAUGAUAUCGUGAAGUUCAACUGCGGCUCUCUGUGCGUAUGUGUGUCCGUUUCGUAUGUGACCAGCUUAAGAGGAUGCCAUUCGGGGAGGUUCAAAUCUUCCUAACGUCAGCACACUGUAAGCGUGAUUCUGGACAGUGAAGAAAGAAAAAAAACCACUCCACGUGCCCGCAAAGUGAAAAAAAAGAAAAAAAAACAAUUCUUCGAUACGUCUCUCUCCAAUAACAAAUCCCUUAGAAAAGCGCAAAAGAAAUAAGUUGAUGACGACGAUAAUACUCCGGGCUCGUCUCAUUCCAAAAAAAAAAAAUCUAUUGUGUUUGUUAGUAGAAAAAUAUAAGAAGGAAAAAAAUCCUUCUCCAUUCUACUGUAGCUAGUAGGUCAUCACGUCCGAAUGUGAGCGGCAGCAUCCAUAUCGUAUUCGAUCUCUCCCCCGAGGAAAAAUCAUCCCGGGUCAGUGAAUAAUCAAGUAGUAGUUGCUAGUCCGAAGGCGGAAGUCAGGCGGGGAAAGGGCUUUCUCCCAAUGCGAGUUCAAUACUGCCGGCUCGAGUUGAUGUGAUUGUUGUGUGAAAUUUCAUAACGGUUUUCGGCAAUAACCGGACAUCCGGUCCCGGCCCAAAGUAAGCGAAAUUAUCUGGGCAGGCAACCAGGCAACGCCAAAUCGAAGACCGGAAGAAGGAGGAAAAAUCCCAAGAAGAAAGAAGAAAUAACCGACCAAGCCGGUUGGUGUCCGAAAUCCGAAACAGAAGGGCAAAGAUAAAUAACGAUUUUGUGUUCGGUUCGGUUUCGCAGAAAAACGGAGGCUGAAGUAGCUAACGACAACGACAACAUCAACGUCAGCGUCGUCUCCAGAAAAAGGUAUCAGGACGAAGGACACUUCAAUACAGCCCCAUAAGGUAAACCAGUCAUUUGCAAGGAAUUUAGGAGAUAAUCACCGGUCAUAACGAACCAACAAGAACCGCGUGCCGGAUUCAAAUCAAUCAGAGCCGUUGGUAUCGCGAGCUGCUAUCGUAAAACAGUGUAAACGAGUGACCACUCGAAUUCGACCACAGAAAUGGUACACCACUUGACCUCUCAUUAGCAUAAAUGCAUGCCAACCGAAUGAUGGUGAAUCCUGAAGCUGGAAAAGACAGUUAUACACACGCUUGGAUUCGCAUCCUGGGACAGACAGCCAAAAGCUUGCGUACAGAUGAAUGCUUAAUCAAAGGCGCCCAGCAAAAAGAAAAACCGGAAGCAUAAACAAACAUCCUCCCGAUUGUUCCGGAAGCGGAAUUGAAUUCCACCCCGAAAAUUAAUAACGAAGAAGAAGGCGAGCGAGGAAAAAAGAACUCGUUCCCAAAGGAAGUGGAAGCCUCCAAAAUUUGGCCGAACCUUGAACGUGGAGAACAAACACAUACUAAACGCACGUAAAUCCAUGUGUGUGUGUAUAAGCUGAGCACACCGCUUUUGGAGUUAUAUUUUUCGGUAACGACUUCAGCUGGCUCCAGCAACCCCUAAAUAUUUGAGGACACCCCCCUUGGGAGAAACCGGUGGCUGAGGGCACAGAAUUUUUGGACGGAACCAAAUCAGGAACGUGUUGUGGGAAACGCAUUUUUAACGAUCCUCCACCAUCGACUCCGUGAACAAGUAACGACAAGAGAGGUGGUCGGAGCGGAAAAAAAAAUCAGUGAACGACACAAUAAACUGCGGAAUUUAUGUAACUUUGAAGUGAAAUUCAUGUCCGACCGACGAGGACGGUGUGCGUUUUGGGAUGACGACGACGACGAGUGGUGGCUCCAGAGAGGGAGAGAGAGUGAGUUGGGAAAUAAAAUAAAAAUAACCAACCACCAGGAAAAAGAGAAAAAAGUAUAUCUCGACGGAGCAUAAAUAAAAACGUUUCCUCAAAGGGAAACAUCAUCAGCGGGUCGUCGUCGGGUGUGCGUUUGUGGUGAUAAAAAUUUUCGCUGCAAGAAGGUGGUGAUACUAUCCAUUAGUGCAUCGUGUAAAUGGAAAAUCGAAAAAAAACAAGAAUAAUUAUAAAUAGUUGAAUGAUCAAACUCAACGAACCAACCAAAGCAACAGAGAAGGCAAAAAAAACCCAAAUCGCACAUUACAAGCAUAUUUACAAUGAUGGUGGAAUUCCUGUUCAGUGUAGCGUCAAAAUGAAUCCGGUCGGUCAUCUCUCUAGUGGACUAGUGCAGUGAAGGGAUUGGGAUGAAAGUAAAAUUAUUGGAUGCAUUUUUGUAGUGGAUUUUGGCUACCGGGAAAUCCGAUCAGCUACGUCAGCUUUACUGAAACGAGGAAAAUAUUGUAAAAAACAAGAGGAUAAAAAUUUAGCUAUCAACUCGAAUUUGUGUUCGGGAAAAAAAUUGAGUCGUGUAAUUUGUGAGGUGGAUGCAAAAAAAUCGGAAUUAAAACGCUAAUUGGUAAGCUGAAAUCGGUUCGCGGGACCAAUUAAGGAGAAGUUAUUUGAUACGUCAUUUCGUUUGUCGGAAAUUGCUCAAAUCAAGUGAAUAUAUUCCGAAAACUAAUUUGAGUGAUUGGAUCAAAUAGCAGUGAAGGCCUUCGAGUGUGUGGGGUGCAAAUUGGUGGAAUUAGGCCGGUUAUGGCAGAUCCUCAUGUCGGGAACCGGUAAUGUUCCCCACCCGCUUCAAACUAGUCUACAAUGCGGGCCCACGAUGGGCCAACAAUUACUAACGACCACACCGGCCAUCAUCAUCCGGAUCGACCGGAACAUCCGGAAAGGAGCCAAGAACUGCCGAAGCCAUUGCAAAUCAUCGUCCGCUCACCGACGGUAGUGAAACUUGAGCCUUUCACGGCGAUUUUACUGACAGCACUGCUGCUGGUUUCUUUCGCCGUUCCAUCCGGGGCUGGCCCAAGGUACAGCUCUCGAAUCGUCGAAACCAAGUCCGGUGCCAUCCGAGGGGUCAUCCUGGAGUUGAACUCCAAAUAUCUGGAACCGGUGGAGGUCUUCAAAGCGGUUCCUUACGCAGCUCCUCCCACGGGAAAUCUGCGGUUCGAGUCUCCGAAAAAACUCCCCCCUUGGAAAGGCACCAAGCUGGCUGAUACCUUUGGGCCGGUUUGUCCGCAGAGUUUUCCGGACAUCAGCAAUCGAACGUUGGCUCAACAGUUCAUGCCCAAAGGACGCUACCAGCAUCUGAAAAGGUUGCUUCCACUGUUGGCGAAUCAAAGUGAAGACUGUCUAACUUUGAACAUUUACGUCCCAGGAAGUGGGAGCCGCGGCCUCGAAGCACCGUACUCCAUCUUUUUCUACAUCCACGGCGAGUCGUACGACUGGGGUUCCGGCAAUCCGUACGACGGCUCGGUGCUGGCCAGCUACGGCCACGUGAUCGUCGUUACCGUCAAUUUUCGUUUAGGAAUUCUUGGUUUUCUGAAAACUCGUGCCUCAUCGUCACCGGGAUCUGGUGGUAAUCUAGGUUUAAUGGACAUAAUCUUCGCCCUGCAAUGGGUGCGCGAUAAUAUUGCCGCAUUCGGUGGUGACCCAAAGCGGAUUACCCUGGCCGGUCACGAUACCGGGGCAGCCCUCGCAAAUAUGGUGCUCAUCUCGAAGGCGGGCAAAGGUCUGAUAAGCAGAGCCAUGCUGCUGAGUGGGACUGCCCUGAGCCCUUGGGCAUUGGUUCCGGAUCCGGAUGGAAUCCGGCAGGAAGUUUCACAGCAGAUGGCCUGUCACUUGCCGGUGGAUCCUCCGCCGGGGAAACCUGCCCGCAAACCAUCGACCGAUGACAUCACCGAGUGUCUUCGGGACAAACCACUGGAGGCCCUGAUGGGUGUAAGACUGACCACCGUAAGGUUCAUGCCUUCCUGGGGACCAUUCCUGCCGCUGGAGGAUUCGCUGGAUCCGGAAUUCGCUAUGGAACAUUCCGGCGAGGGAUUCAUCACCAGCGAGCUGAUGCUGGGGAUGACGACGACCGAAAGCUACAACGAUUUCAGUGCAUCUGAUAUUCAGUACGGCCUGGAGGAGGAACAGCGCAAUCGUCUUCUGCGGACGUACAUCCGGAAUGCGUUUACCUUCCACCUGAACGAGAUCUUCUCGGCCGUGCGGAACGAGUACACCGAUUGGGACAAGCCGAUCCAGCAUCCAAUCAACAUCAGAGACUCGACAAUGGAAGCUUUGAGCGACGGACACACGGUGGCGCCACUGAUCAAGGUGGCCUAUCUUCAUGCCCGUCGAGGGGCCAAAACCUACAUGUUUCAUUUUGGCUACCAGAGCAAAGAGAGCGAAUAUCCGCAGCGAUUGGGCAGCGUUCGGGGCGAGGAUUUGCCGUACAUUUUGGGCCUAACGCUGGUCCAGGGAGCCCCAUUCUUCCCCCAGAACUUUUCCCGACAGGACAUGGGAGUCAACGAGGCGGUGCUGAAUUUCGUUACCAAUUUUUGCAAAACCGGCGAUCCCAACGAGGCGGGCCACCAAGCGCCGUUGCUGCAUCCGGACUAUGGGACGGCCAAAGAGCGAACCCGAUUUCGGGGCAUCAUGUGGGACACCUUCGAGACCACCACCCAGCAGUAUUUGAGCAUAUCAACGAAACCGAAAAUGCGUAGCCACUAUCGGGGUCACAAGAUGGCACUCUGGCUGAAUCUGAUUCCGCAACUGCACCGCCCCGGGGAUUCGGAGGUUUCGAUGCGACAUCAUCACUUCCGGGAACGGGAGCCGCACUUUUAUGCCGGCUCAGUCCGGGCAGAGUCCUUCAGCCGGCCCCGGAUGUUUGGGGGUGGCGUCGGAGCAGGCGGAAGUAUCAUUAACGAUGCCCAGGAAUCGCGCCUGGAAUCCUACGGAACCGAGUGCACUCCAGAUCCGACGAUAGGGGAGGUGCUGCAGGAGGCCAAUGGCGGCGAUGGAGGGGCGUUGACCGAGGAAGAAGAGGAGGAGCUGCUCGAGAAGUUGGCAAACCGUCAUUAUUACAGCUACACGGCUGCCCUCGGAGUGACAGUUGGAGUCGGUUGUCUGUUGCUGCUGCUGAAUAUGCUCAUCUUUGCCGGCAUUUACUAUCAACGGGAUCGAUCCCGGCGGCGGAGGCGGAAAUCCCAGCAGCAACAUGGCGGCGGCAGUGUUGGAAGUGCUACCGGGAGUACCGGAAGUUCCAGUACCGGCGGCGGUGGUGGAGCUACCGAUGGCAAUGGAUCCCGGCACAAUGGCAGCAUCGGCAGCCCGGAUGAGGCAGAUAUCCCACUUACGGUCGUCCCAACAAGCUCGUCGCCCGGCAACAGCAAAACUUGUAGCAUCAACAAACUGAAACGUUCCAACAGCAGCAGUCACGAACCUCCACCCAGCUAUGCGACUCUGCCGAAAAGAAACGGAACCGGAACUGGAACGGGAACGGGAACGGGUGCUCAUCUCCAUCAGCUGGGGCCGGGGUCAAAAUCCAAGGAAACAAACCUGACCAACCUGAAAGCGUCUACCCUGGGACGGUCCGGAAGUUUCUCGCACAAACAACAGAGCCACCACGCGACGCAACCUGCCCACACCACCCUAACGAUAGGAGGCUGCCAUGAUCUCUCGUCCCGGCACCCGCUCCAGCUCCCGGAAGCAGCCGUCCAUCAGCACCUGCAUCAUCACCAACACCAUCACCAGACCCUACCGCGGUCCGCCAUCAAAUCCGCCCCGAUGCCUCCGCUCCGGUCAUCCAGCAAUGCUUCCUCCUCAUCGCCGGCCUCCUCCUCAGCUGCAACAACAACGACGGCCCCUGUGGGAGGUGGUCCUCCAUCGUUGUCGGUUUCACCUUCGCCACCCCCCUCACUGAUUUCAGCCAGCUCCUCAACGACCCAAUCAACUGGGGGUGUCCCGCUGCAAUCGAUUCUUGUAAAUAGUAACAACAACAACAAUCAUCAUCACCAGCAUCAUCAGCACCAUCAUUCUAGCAGCAACAGUCACCAGCAGCUGAUGGGAUCAGCCAAUGGCAGCAGCAGCAACGUCAUCACGGUCGAUUUGGUCAGUUCGACCAAUCCGAAGCUGAUAGGUGGGAGUGGCCCAGGGAUGAUUUGCGGGGGAGGUGGAAGUUCCGGCCCCGGGAGCUCUAGCGGCUACAGUAGUAAUAACAAUAAUAAUUUUAUCGGUAGCGGUAGUUUAGGAAGCAAUGGGACCCAUCAGCAUCACCACCAUCAUUCGCAUCAUCAUCAGGGGGGAAGUGCUGGUGGAGUAGCAGGAGGAGGACCAGCGCCAGGUGGAAGUGUGAUGGGAAUUACCGGGGGUGGGCUUAGCAUCGGUUCCGGCCACGGUGGUCAGCAACUGCCAGUGUCGGCUUUGGCUAAUCCCGGCAGCAGUUCGACUUUGAAGAAGCGUGUUCAAAUCCAGGAGGUCACCGUAUAGCACAGGUAUAGCACAGCUGACGACGACCAGGAAGCUGUGUGAAGACCGAAAAUAAGUCGCUAUACGCUUUCUCUCCCUAAUGCCAUUAAAGGGAAUAAGGGAAGAACUCGCUCGGGCAAUUGAGAACUUUGAUCAAAGUGCAUUGGUGCUGGAGCCUAUCUUUUCCCGUACGAGGAAAGGGCUCCGGAGAAAGAUUUUGAUAACUUGCCAGAGAACUUCAACUUUUAGCCGAUAAUUUUAGAAAGCUUGUUGGGGAUGAUGUGUUCAUAAGCUCUCGUUGAUUUUAGUUCAACUAGGUGUUGUUUUUUUUUCAUUUUGUAUCAACUUCAAUUUUAGCCUUCAUCCAUUCUAGUGUGUGAAUCUGUCAGUGAUGAAAAUUUUGAAGCUUGUAACUUUUUCACGGGACAUCCAAAACAAUUUCUACAAAGCCUCAUAAAAUUGCAUCACUUUUAAUACUCUCCUUGAAAUUCCAGACCAAAAAUAAGUUUAAGAGUGCCAAUUUGACACUCUUGUCUUAAAAUCGAUAUAUCUCUGAUGUUGGUUUUGGUGUCAACCAAUGUAUUUGUGUUUAGUGCAAUUGUUUUGACAUUUUAAAUUUAUUUGGAAUUUUUAACUUUAUCUUCCUAAAAUAGAGACCAAAAAUUUUCAAAAUCGCUUAAUUUUCAAAUUUCAAAAAAGCAGAUUAAGGAAAACGACACAUUUUUAAUUUGUUUGAAUCGGUGUGCUUUUAGGGGUGCGUUCUUAAAAAAAUGCAACACUUUGUUUUGUGAACAAAAUUUUAACGCAUGAAUUUAGUCGAUUUUAUGACAAAUUUAGUCGAUUGACCUCCUUCGGCACAACAUCAAGAUGGGAUAAAUGAUCUUGAGUGGAACUAGCCGAAUUUUGAUCUUGAGCGGAACUUUUUACUUUUUCAAAGAUCUAGGAAAUCAUUACUUAUGCAUCUAGUCGAAAUGUUGAAAAAGCACUUUUUCAAGAUCUUUUCGGACAAGUUUUGUAAUUUUCGCUAAAAUUUAUCAAAUGAAACAAUAUUAUGAGCAGCUUUAAAAACAUGCGACUUUUUUGCUGCAAUUUUCACCAAUCUACACGCUCCUUGUUUGGUACUCCAAAUUCAGUUUGAUCGUGGUUCAAAACAAAGUUCGAUUCUAUGGAAAAUGGAUCUCAAUUUAAAGAGUUCCAUUUUUCCUCCUUGCGAUGGUUCAAAACAAAGUUCGAACUGCGAACUAAUCCCAUUAUUCCUUUGGCGAAGGAGCAAAACUGAGAUCGAUCUAAUGAACUCAAAAUUGAACCCUCUUUGUGUAUGUUCAACUGAAAACACUUAGCGAGUUCGGCUGCCGAACUACAUUUUGGGUAGCUACGAAUAAAGGCAUGAAAACAGUUCAAAUUGGAGUUCGACUGUCGAACUUAGUUUUGAGUAUGUCAGUCAGAACUUAGUCUUGCGAUUGCCCAGUCAAGCUUAAAGUUGAGAGUUGCCAGUUAAGUUGUUUUGAAGCAAAACAACUUAAAUUUGAGGUAAAAAAGGAGCGUGUAUGCUUGAACGUUAUUGUAUGUAACACUCGACCGAUUUGAACUGAUACUUAGGGGAGAGUGGGGAUACUUGAUCCCCAUUUCUUAUUUUCACCAUAUCUUAUUGGAAAAAUUUAGCACCUCGCCGUCUUUGACAUUUUCUGACAGCUUGUAACUUCAAGUUUCUAUGCUCCAAAAGUUAGAACGAUACUUGAACCCGUUGAUGAACUAGAAGCAUUUCCGUGGGAGUAAAAAAAUUGCGAUUUUUCUGAAGUUAGAGGAGAUUUGAUCCCCUAUUGAAGGAGACUUGAUCUUUUAUUCAGGAAGCCCUAAUCCUUGUAUAAAAACCAAUCAAAACCCCAAGAUAGAAUGUUAAUUGACUAUUUCGGUCAUGUUUGUUCUCAUUUCACAAUUUAUAGCAGACAUAAGAAUAAAAUUCUAUAAUUUGUCUCAACGCUUAUAACAUUGCAUAGCUAAAGGCGCUAUUUUUUAUAAUUAAGAGAAAAUUAAUUAUUUUUGCUCUUUUC